GAGCGGGAAAGCUUAUAUAUAUAUAAUUCGUUGGGUACAUCCGUUGCAACCCUAAAGGUGCGAAGACAUAAAGAAAACGAGGUUGAAAUCUAUGAAGGCCCAGGCAACAAGCAGCUGUUUUACGGCAGAAAUUAGCAUUCGACCUCAGCGGCUUGCACCGUUUUCUGCAAUUGUGAUUAGGCGUGUACCAAGCAGCUGGCUUUGAGUAGCUCAUAUGAGAAUUCGGAUAGCUCAUCUUGUACUCACCGCUUUCGCAGGAAGCCUCGGAGGCCCGCGUGUUGUUGAGGAAGGCGACAGGACCACUGCUGCGGGAAGGAAAUUGUUGGAUCAAUAUCAUAGACUAAUGGGCAUUCGGUCCGUGAUAACAAAGGUCUACUUCCCCCACGAGUUGACUCGAGCAACAACAUCUCAGCUUCGACUCGAUUCUCGGCGGAGCGGAAAUACCACGCUCGGUGGGCCUCGUUGUCUGAGUAGUACGAUGAUGGCCUAAAGACUUCCAUUCCUGUAGGUGUUCUCUUUGGCCACGCAGGUGGCAGAUAUGAGAAACGACGAUCCCGGUGGAUUCAGAUGCAUUUGAGGAAAUGAAGCACCCCUCGUGUGGUACGGAAACAGAAGAAUGAACCUUGCUUGAGCAUGCAUGCUUGAGCUUGAGUCUCCUAUACUUAGUUUAAUAAUUAGUCAGUUCUGCAAAUGACGCAGCCGCCGGUAAGCUCGAGGCGGCAGCAGCACAGGAAAUUCAUUUCUGAAAUAUUGCAGAUGGCAACAAGAUC